AUGCUUGCAUGGGAGGAACUAAUGAGGGCCAAACGACUGAGCGCUGGCUGUACAUCUUUGGAAUGCAUGAUUGGUCGUUUAACAUGUGGAAUUUUUUCUUUACGAGAGAGAUCUUCCGAUGAUUUUGUUAUCAAUGAUACAAUAGUGGGUGAUUUAUGCAAAGGUUUGGCGAUGGCAGAGAAUGCGGAUAAGGAGAAUGAGAUGAUGUGUGAACAAGAUUUUGGACUGAGUAAGCAGAUUGAUCCUACAAGAGCUCGGUUUCCGUGCUGCAUUGUGUGGACGCCGCUUCCUGUCAUUUCCUGGCUGAUUCCCUUCAUUGGUCAUAUUGGUAUCUGUCGAGAGGAUGGAGUUAUUCUGGAUUUUGCAGGGCCUAAUUUUGUUUGUGUCGAUAACUUCGCCUUCGGAGCUGUUGCUCGCUACAUCCAGAUAAACAAAGAUAAGGACUGUUCCAUGUCUCUCCUUCCAACGGCAUUCAACAAUGAGGAUCGAUACAACGAGGAUGAACGAGUUACAGAUGCAUUGGCAUGGGAUGAUGCGUUACGAAAGGGAACGCAGGAGUUCCAGCAUCACUCGUACAGCCUUUUCACUUGCAAUUGCCACUCAUUUGUUGCCAACAAUUUGAACCGGCUCGGGUUUCAUUCUGGCGGGUGGAAUGUGGUGAACCUUGCUACUCUGAUUUUCCUCAAGGGUCGUUGGGUUAGUACUGGAGCUCUGGUGCGAUCUUACUUGCCAUUUGUUGUUGUAUGUGGUUUUGGACUCAUAUUUGGUGGUAUGACCUUUCUAACUUUUCUGGCCUUCUUCACUUUCCUUCUUGUUGGUUGGUUUCUUCUUGGUACCUAUUGUUUCAAGGAUUUGAUCCAGUUGUAG